AGGCACGGGGCAGCGCGGUGCCUGCCGUGACGCUGCGGCCGGUAAGGAGUUCACUCGGCAGGCAUCGACGGAAUGGAGGUUCCGGCAAAAUACUGUGGCAGUACUUGAGUAAGGAUGCCUUAAGAAGAUAACUAUGGAUAAAUAUAUUAAAGUGCGAAAGAUUGGAGAAGGAUCCUUUGGGAAAGCAAUUCUUGUUAAAGCUAAAGAAAAUGGCCAACAGUAUGUUAUUAAAGAAAUAAACAUCUCUAAGAUGUCAAAUAAGGAGAGAGAAGAAUCAAGGAGAGAAGUUGCUGUAUUGGCUAACAUGAAACAUCCGAAUAUUGUCCUGUAUAGGGAGUCAUUUGAAGAAAAUGGCUGUCUGUACAUAGUGAUGGAUUACUGUGAAGGAGGAGACCUAUUUAAAAAAAUAAAUGCUCAGAAAGGAAUCUUAUUUUCUGAAGAUCAGAUUCUGGAUUGGUUUGUACAAAUCUGUUUAGCACUAAAACACAUACAUGAUAGAAAAAUCUUGCAUCGGGACAUAAAGUCACAGAAUAUAUUUUUAACCAAAGAUGGAACAAUACAGCUGGGAGACUUUGGGAUUGCCAGAGUUCUUAACAGUACUGCCGAGUUGGCUCGCACUUGCAUAGGAACGCCAUACUAUUUGUCACCUGAAAUAUGUCAGAACAAACCUUACAACAAUAAAAGUGAUAUCUGGGCCCUUGGUUGUGUUCUCUAUGAAAUGUGCACACUUAAACAUGCGUUUGAAGCUGGUAACAUGAAGAACUUGGUACUGAAGAUAAUCUCUGGACCUUUUCCUCCUGUUUCUAUGCAUUACUCCUAUGACCUACGUAAUCUGCUGUCACAGUUAUUUAAAAGGAAUCCUAGGAAUAGACCGUCAGUAAACUCCAUAUUGGAGAAAAACUUUAUAGCCAAACGGGUUGAAAAAUUUCUCACACCACAGCUUAUUGCAGAAGAAUUCAAUCACAAAAUCUUCCAGAAGUUUGGACCACAUGCUGCACCAGCUAAAAGACCAGCUCAAGAACAAAUACUGACUUCAGUUGCACCAGCUCAGAAAAUUACCAAACCUGCUGCAAAAUAUGGAGUGCCUUUAAUGAUCAGGAAGUCUUGUGAUGUGCCUAAAAAGCCUAAUGAGAAGAAGCCAUUGGCUAAAUCUAGACAGGCCUUUCCAACUCCAAUGAAGAAAAAGAAUCCAGGAGAAGAAAGGAGGAAAAUGUUUGAGGAACCUUCAAAAAAGAAAAGGUCAGAAUUGCCUGAAAAAGAAAAACGCCAGAGAGAUCAGAUCAGUCUACUGAAGGCAGAUGGAAUGAGAAGACUGGAAAAAGAAAGGAUGGAACGAAUAAACAGAGCCAGGGAACAAGGAUGGAGGAAUGUGCUUGGUUCAGGUGGAAGUGGUGAUGUUAAGGCACCAUAUUAUGGCGGUGGAGGUGGUGUUGGUCCUUUUCCUGUGUAUUCUAGAGGACAAUAUGAACACUAUCAUGCUAUUUUUGACCAGAUGCAACAGCAAAAGGAAAACAUUAGAGCUGCUGAAGAGAGGGAAGCCAAAUUGAGGGUGAAAGUACAAGGCCGAGAAGUUGUUGAAAGAGGAAUUCCACCUGGAAUACGUCCAGGAGUUCCUAAGGGGCCUGCAGGUCAUCACCAUUUACCUGAUGCUGGUGCAGUUAGGAAAAAAAUGAAAAGGUUGAAGGAGGUGUCUAAACAAGCCAAUGCAAACAGGCAAAAAGGAUGGAUAGCUGCAGAUAGAGCAAAGCAAGUUGAAGAAUUUUGGCAACGAAAGAGAGAAGCCAUGGAAAACAAAGCUCGAGCUGAGGGACACAUGGAAUAUUUGGCAAGAUUAAGACAGAUCCGGCUACAAAACUUUAAUGAACGUCAACAGAUUAGAGCAAAACUUCGUGGAGAAAAGAAUGAAGCUGCCAGUUCUGAUGGACAAGAAUCAAGUGAGGAAGCAGAACUGAAACGCAAAAAGAUAGAAGCACAGAAGGCCCAAGCAAAUGCUCGAGCUGCAGUUCUGAAAGAACAGUUAGAGCGAAAGAGAAAGGAAGCAUAUGAAAGAGAGAAAAGAGCCUGGGAAGAACAUCUGAUAGCGAAAGGAGUAAAGAAUCCUAAUGUGCCUUUUCAUGUGGGAGCUACAGAACAGAGUCCUGUGCAGGGACUACAAGAGCUUGGAGCAGCUCUUCCUAAGCCACAGCUUCCGGUGAAGGCCGGUACACCCGUCAUCUCCAUGACUUCUGCUUUGAAGGAAGUGGGUGUGGAUGAAAAUGCAACUGUUAUCCAGGAAGCUAAGGAGGAAAUAAAAAAGCCAGAUUUUGCAAUGCAAAAUAAACGAGAAAUACUGAGAAGAUUAAAUGAAAAUCUUAAAGCUCAAGAAGAUGAGAAAGGAAAAAAGGAGUGUAAAAAUAUCUCUGAAUUAGCUGGGUCUGAAGAUGGUAAGGAACAAAAAGAAGGUGACCAUCCACUUCUAGGAGAUCGCAAAAAAUGGGAAUCUGGGGCAUCUGAGCUGGUAGUUCCUCUAGCUCAGUUAUCAAUGGAAGAUUCUCUCUCCGGAACAGACCGACAAACUCUGGGGGAAGUAAUUAGAUCAGAUAUUGGCGAACCCCACAGGAAAGUCUGGGGCAAAAGCCCUACUGAUUCAGUCCUGAAGAUCCUAGGAGAAGCAGAGUUGCAGCUGCAAACUGACCUGCUCGAGGAACUAGAUGUACUAAAUGUAGGUACUGCAGAACUUCCUGAAGAAGAUCAUCAGUCCUUAAUUGUAAAGGAGGAGAAGGAAGAGAAAGCUUUUCCUAUGGUCGGAGCUCAGUCUUCAGUACCAAUUGGUAUCACAGAGUCUGACAUGACUAUACCAGAAGAAUCUCAAAAAGCUGGACCUACCCAGGUGCAGAGCAAACCUAUUAUGCUGGAUGAGCCUGAUGAUUUGGAAGCAGAGAUGUUGGAAGAAGCAGAAGAAGGUAAAAAGCACCAGAGUAAGGAGCGUAAGGAAUUUCCCAUCACUGUUAAUGAAGUGUGGGUAAAAGAGAAAGAGGAUAAGGCACAACAUGACAGAAGAAAUGAGGCACUUCCUGAGAAAGUAGCGCUUGACAAGGUGCAACCACAAAAGGAAGCUCCAGAAGAAACUUGUUCCAGUGACUGUCUGCAACCUGAACCCUUAUUCCAGAGGGUAAUACAGCCCCCAGCUGUACCAACAGCCUCACCAGUUCUGUCAGCUCAGUCUUCACAGGAAGAGCCUUUUGUACCUCGUUCACGUUCCAUAUCACCAGCAAAAAAUAAAGGCAAAAGUUCAUUGUUGAUUGGACUUUCUACAGGGCUUUUUGAUGCAAAUGACCCAAAGAUGUUGAGAACAUGUUCGCUCCCGGAUCUUUACAAACUGUACAGAACUUUAGUCGAUGUUCCCAGUGUAGCAGAUGUGCAGCAUCAACAUAAUCUUGAAAUAGAUGAUACGGAAGACGAGCAAGCCAAAGAAGGACCCUCUGAUUCUGAGGAUAUCAUGUUUGGGGAGGCAGAUACAGAUUUGCAGGAACUCCGGGCCUCGAUGGAACAAUUGCUUAGGGAGCAGCCUAGUGAGGAAUUCAGUGAAGAGGAGGAGUCUACUUUAAAGGCUAAUGUCAUCGAAUGUGUAACAAAUGGUACAGAGCUGGAGGAAGGAGAUGAAAAUAACCCCAGCAGUGAAAGUGCACUUAAUGAAGAAUGGCAGUCAGAUAAUAGUGAUGGAGAGAUAGCCAGUGAAUGUGAAGAAUGUGACAGUAUCUUCAGCCAUUUGGAAGAGUUGAGAUACAACCUGGAGCAGGAAAUAGGCUUUGAGAAAUUCAUUGAAGUUUAUGAGAAAAUAAAGGCUAUACAUGAAGAUGAAGACGAAAAUAUUGAUAUUUGUUCAACCAUAGUUCAGACUGUUCUUGGAAAUGAACACAAACACCUGUAUGCCAAAAUACUUCACCUAGUAAUGGCAGACGGAGCCUACCAAGAAGAUAACGAUGAAUAAACCUGACUCAGGAAUUUCCUUAAUGCUGUACUACAUAUCGGUGUUUGAAGUCUGCACAGCUGAAUAACAAAUUGUAGUGGAGAAUGUAACAUGGGGCAGGAGAAGCAAGACUUCAGAAAAGAAUGUUGAUUGUAUGAAAAAGGGGAAAAACAUGCCUUUUAAAACUGAGAUACCUAUACAUUUCUCUUGUGUGUACUUGCCUAUGUGUUCAUUAAAUAUUAGAUGCCCAAAAUGUUAAAAACAAAGAAACAAACAAAACCGCAGAAAACCCAACAACAACAAAACAAAACCCCCCAGAACCUGUAAUCUCUCAAAUUCCAAAACAAAUAUAGAAAGGAAUACUUGUAGAUAUUCUGACACAAAACUGAGACCUAUAACGUAAACCAGAAUUUCUGCCGUAUCAACAGUUGGCUGGUACAGCUAAGCAAUUGGAAGCAUUACGGUGUUGUGGAAGUACCCGCAUCUAGCUAUUCACAUACAUACUUAAAAUAGCCUUUCUUUACACCUACAUAAAGAAAUUGCUUCAUUUUUAUUGACCCUUGUGGUUGUAUUUUAAUAGCAUCUUAACCUAGUGGUCCAGUUUGAGUGUUUCACUUUUUUUCUUAAAAAAACCAAACAAACAACUAUUUUGAAGCUGAAGGCUUCUGUCACUUUUUAACCAGUGUCAUC